AUGACGACGAUGGCCCAGUCACAGAUUCAGCUGCCCACGCCGCAUCCGGCACCAAGCUUGGACGUUACCAUACCACCAUCCUCGAUAUCUCUCCCGACCGAUGUCAAUUCUCGACUCCGAAGCCGUUUAGCUCUGGACCCCUACUCGUCGCCUGUUAAUCAAAAUGGUAGUUUCGAAUUCGACCGCGUCGUGAAGAGCGGCUACCUGCAGAAGCGCACGCAAAAGACAAAGACGUGGAAGUCAAAUUACUUCGUCCUCCGACCCAAUUCGCUCUCAAUCUACCGAUCUGACAAGGAGGACAAGCUGCGACACAAACUGUACCUCGCCGACUUGACCGCUGUUGCGUUACUCAGGGACCCCAAGAACAAGAGAAAGAACGUGUUUGGACUAUUCUCGCCAGCGAGAAACUACCACUUCCAGGCUAGCAGUAGCCAUGAUGCUGAGGAAUGGGUAGAUUUGAUUAGGAAUCACGCCCGAAUUGAAGAGGAACACGAUGAGCUGCUUCUUGCGAGCCCAGGUGGCAAGCGACAGUCUUAUCUGGUAGUUGGUAGAUCCGCCCAGGCCGGAGAGAUAGCACGAGCCGAGAGACUAGCAUCGAGUUCUCCAGAGCCGCUGGAACCUCCAGUGCCACGCUUUGUCGGUUCAACCCAUAGACGUCCAUCGCAGAUGGCGGAUACCGCUGGGUACUCUGGUAACGAGCUCGCCUCGCACUCGGACUUCUCGGACAACGACGUUCAGCGGGUACAGGGUAUGUCUAUCGAGGACUUGGCGGUCCAGUCGCCAGGCAAAGGCUCUCAGGACCGGCCAGGUCUCGACCGUAACGCGAGCCAGAUCAGUGGUCUGAACAUUGAGCAAGACCCGGAUCGUGUGAUCUGGCAGGGCUGGCUCUGGUUCCUCCGCAGCAAGGGCGGCGUGAAGCAAUGGAAGAACCUGUGGGGUGUGCUCCGACCACGGAAUUUCAUCCUUUACAAGGAUGAGUCCGAGUACACGGCGCAAUUCAUCCGCCCAAUGUCAGCGAUUGUCAAUGUUGUUGACAUUGAUCCCGUCAGCAAGACCAAAAAACACUGUCUACAGCUCAUCACUGAGGAAAAGAGCUACCGAUUCUGCGCCCAUGACGAAGAAUCUCUGAUUCACUGCCUCGGCGCAUUCAAGAGUUUGUUCGCCAAGAGACGAGAGCUCGAAACGCGGGGUCCUACGGGAGGAACUCAGCCCACUACCAUUGCGGCAUGA